UUAAAGCUACCCUGUUACUUCGGCUGUCUCUGUCCGUCUGACUCGAUCUCCGCCUGUCCGAGUUGACGAUCCUUCCCAUUGGCCUCUCCGUUCUCAGUCCCUGCAGCUCCUCUGCCCCAAGAUGGGCCGCGGGACUGGCCGAGAGUACUCGCCUGCCGCCACCACCACAGAAAAUGGAGGCGGCAAGAAGAAGCAGAAAGAAAAGGAACUGGAUGAAUUAAAGAAGGAAGUGGCCAUGGAUGAUCACAAGCUGUCCCUGGAUGAGUUGGGCCGAAAGUAUCAGGUAGACCUAUCCAAGGGCCUCACCAACCAGCGGGCACAGGAUAUCUUGGCCCGGGAUGGACCUAAUGCUCUCACUCCGCCACCCACCACCCCUGAAUGGGUCAAAUUCUGUCGGCAGCUUUUUGGGGGCUUCUCCAUCCUGCUCUGGAUUGGGGCCCUGCUCUGUUUCCUGGCCUACGGCAUCCAGGCAGCCAUGGAAGAUGAGCCAUCCAAUGACAAUCUAUACCUGGGAGUGGUCCUGGCAGCUGUGGUCAUUGUCACUGGCUGUUUCUCCUACUACCAGGAGGCCAAGAGCUCCAAAAUCAUGGAUUCCUUCAAGAACAUGGUGCCACAGCAAGCCCUGGUGGUUCGAGAAGGUGAGAAAAUGCAGAUCAAUGCAGAAGAGGUGGUGGUAGGAGACCUGGUGGAAGUGAAGGGUGGAGAUCGGGUCCCUGCUGACCUCCGGAUCAUCUCUUCUCAUGGUUGCAAGGUGGACAAUUCAUCCCUGACAGGGGAGUCAGAACCACAGACCCGUUCCCCUGAGUUUACUCAUGAGAAUCCUUUGGAGACCCGAAAUAUUUGCUUCUUUUCUACCAACUGUGUGGAAGGCACAGCCCGGGGCAUCGUGAUAGCCACGGGUGACCGGACGGUGAUGGGUCGCAUUGCCACACUGGCCUCCGGUCUGGAGGUCGGUCGCACACCCAUCGCCAUGGAGAUCGAGCACUUCAUCCAGCUGAUCACUGGAGUGGCCGUCUUCCUCGGUGUCUCCUUCUUUGUGCUCUCCCUCAUCCUGGGCUACAGCUGGUUGGAGGCUGUCAUCUUCCUCAUCGGCAUCAUUGUGGCCAAUGUGCCCGAGGGACUUCUGGCUACUGUCACUGUGUGUCUCACUCUGACAGCCAAGCGGAUGGCCAGAAAGAACUGCCUGGUGAAGAACCUUGAAGCAGUGGAGACCCUGGGCUCCACCUCCACCAUCUGCUCGGACAAGACGGGCACCCUGACCCAGAACCGGAUGACUGUAGCCCACAUGUGGUUUGAUAACCAGAUCCAUGAGGCUGAUACCACUGAAGAUCAGUCUGGUGCCACAUUUGACAAACGCUCUCCAACCUGGACUGCCCUAUCUCGAAUUGCUGGACUUUGCAACCGUGCAGUCUUUAAGGCUGGACAGGAGAACAUCUCUGUAUCCAAGCGGGACACAGCUGGCGAUGCCUCUGAAUCUGCCCUGCUCAAAUGUAUUGAGCUAUCAUGUGGUUCCGUCAGGAAGAUGAGGGAGAGGAACCCCAAAGUGGCUGAAAUCCCCUUCAACUCCACCAAUAAGUACCAGCUGUCCAUCCACGAACGGGAAGACAGUCCCCAGAGCCAUGUGCUGGUGAUGAAAGGGGCUCCAGAGAGGAUCCUGGACCGAUGCUCCUCCAUCCUUGUCCAGGGCAAGGAGAUUCCUCUGGACAAGGAGAUGCAGGAUGCCUUUCAAAAUGCCUACAUGGAGCUGGGAGGACUGGGAGAGCGUGUGCUCGGGUUUUGCCACCUCAACCUACCCUCUGCAAAAUUCCCUCGGGGUUUCAAGUUUGACACGGAUGAGUUGAACUUCCCCACAGAGAAGCUCUGCUUUGUGGGACUCAUGUCCAUGAUUGACCCUCCCCGAGCUGCAGUUCCUGAUGCUGUGGGCAAGUGCCGAAGUGCAGGGAUCAAGGUAAUCAUGGUGACAGGGGACCAUCCUAUCACAGCAAAAGCCAUCGCCAAGGGUGUGGGCAUCAUCUCAGAGGGCAAUGAGACAGUAGAAGACAUUGCUGCUCGACUAAAUAUCCCAGUCAGCCAAGUCAAUCCCAGGGAAGCCAAGGCCUGUGUGGUCCAUGGGUCUGACCUGAAGGACAUGACAUCAGAGCAACUGGAUGAGAUCCUCAAGAACCACACGGAGAUUGUUUUUGCUCGGACUUCUCCACAGCAAAAGCUCAUCAUUGUGGAGGGAUGUCAGAGACAGGGUGCCAUUGUGGCAGUGACCGGUGAUGGUGUGAAUGAUUCUCCUGCACUGAAGAAGGCUGACAUUGGCAUUGCCAUGGGGAUCUCUGGCUCUGAUGUCUCCAAGCAGGCAGCUGAUAUGAUCUUACUAGAUGACAACUUUGCUUCCAUUGUCACUGGCGUGGAGGAGGGUCGGCUGAUCUUUGACAACCUGAAGAAGUCAAUUGCCUACACUUUGACCAGUAAUAUCCCAGAGAUCACCCCUUUUCUGCUCUUUAUCAUCGCCAACAUUCCCUUGCCUCUGGGUACUGUGACAAUCCUUUGCAUUGAUCUGGGAACUGAUAUGGUACCAGCUAUUUCUUUGGCCUAUGAGGCAGCUGAAAGUGACAUAAUGAAACGCCAGCCUCGGAAUCCACAGACGGACAAGCUGGUGAAUGAGAGGCUCAUCAGUAUGGCCUAUGGUCAAAUUGGGAUGAUCCAAGCCCUGGGUGGCUUUUUUACCUACUUUGUAAUCCUGGCGGAGAAUGGUUUCCUACCCUCACGGCUUCUGGGCAUUCGACUCGAUUGGGACGAUCGCUCUAAGAAUGACCUGGAGGAUAGCUAUGGACAGGAAUGGACCUAUGAGCAGCGGAAGGUGGUGGAGUUCACAUGCCACACAGCCUUCUUUGCCAGCAUCGUGGUUGUGCAAUGGGCUGACCUCAUCAUCUGCAAGACCCGCCGCAAUUCUGUCUUCCAGCAGGGCAUGAAAAAUAAGAUCUUGAUCUUUGGGCUGCUAGAAGAGACAGCUCUGGCCGCCUUUUUGUCCUAUUGCCCAGGCAUGGGCUUGGCCCUACGCAUGUACCCACUAAAGGUCACAUGGUGGUUCUGUGCCUUCCCCUAUAGUCUCCUUAUCUUCAUUUAUGAUGAGGUCCGAAAGCUCAUCCUGCGGCGCUAUCCUGGUGGCUGGGUGGAGAAGGAGACCUACUACUGAGCUGAGCAGAGGAUGAACCAGGCACCAAUCAGAUAGGGGUGCCCUGUUGGGGGGUGGGAAAGGGUGGGCACAUCUGAGAUAAAGUUGUGGGAGGGUUGUGGGGAGGUGGGGGGGCAGCCCAGCCAACUGAGGUUUGGGCCAGGGUAGGGUAGGAAUGGGGUUUAGGGUGAUUGCCCUGUAGACCUAACUGAAAAAUCAGUUUAGACACUAAAUGUUGGGAUCCCCUCCCCAGAUCCUACCCCUACUGUGUUCAUCUCUUCUGCUCUUCAGGGAGGCUUGGAACCAUCCAGUCCUCCAUAACUCCCAGCAGAGAUCAGGUUGUAAUGGCAGGUAGGAGUCUGAGGGUGCUCAGUCUUGAAAAGGAGCAAAGACCUUUUAGGUCCUAAGGGACCUAGAACCACUGUGUUAUCUCACCCCACUCCAUUCUCUGUUACCACCUGUUCAUUUUCUCUCCAUUCAACUCUGUCUCAAAUGAUCCCCACUUCCUGGUCCCGGACCUCAAAAUCACCAUCUACUUCUGUUAGUGAGAAUCAGGAGUCUGUGAAACAGGAAGCCAAGAAUAAGCUUUCCCUGUAGGGACUCCACAAGUAGGGAACAGUGUGAAACAAGUAGAAAUGUUCUAAUUCAAAGAAAGACGAGGCCAAAUAGAGAACAAAAGAGAGAGAGGAACAGAAAAAGGGGAAAUCUAGGAGACAGUGUAGGGACAGGAUUAGCCAUCAAUUGAUGAAAGAAACAGACAAGGAGACAGACUGAAGAUGGAUCGUGACAGUGGCUUUUGGAACAUUUGGAACAUUGAAACAAUAAGCCUUGUCCCAGAUCUGUGUCCCUAUUGUAGAAGAGGGCAGGACCCCAAUCAGCAGACAUCCAAAUUCUAAUUUUUAAAAGAGUGGUGGCAGGUAAUGCUUAAAAAAAGAAAAAAAAGAAAAAGAAAAGAAAAAAAAGAAAAGAAAGAAAAAACAAAACAAACAAACAAAAAAAACUCGAACACCAGCUAUACCAUGAGCCAGGUGUUCCCAAGGAAUAAAAGAGGGACUAUAGUUUUUCCCUCAUACUGUUCUUUGGGGUAAGAUGCUAAGUCUUCAAGAUGAUCCUAAUCAUAUGGAAGAAAGAAUCUACCAGAUCACUAGUCCUUGAGCCCCUCUGAGACCAUUCAUGCCUUAUCAUGGCAAAUGUGCCUAGCAUUCCAUGUCUGCCAUGGUCAACAUUGCCCUCAAGAAGAAAAAGCCCAGGUUUUCAGAAAAGAAUUGUGUUCCCAAAGACUUGACAAUCCAAGGCAGGUUUAGUGUAUCAUCUUGGGUCAAAGUCUUUAUAUAAAAAGCGGUAAAACCACUGCUUUAAGAAUGCCCUUUGGUGUCUAGGCAUGUAAGGCAAUUUCUGACCAAAUGCCCUUCAUAUAGUCUGAGCACUCAUCAACAUCACACAAUCUCUCUGAAAUGAAGGGUCACCUCUGGUCCAGUAAUUUAACUCCUUUCCCCUACUACCACCACCAAUCUAGGACUUUCACUCAUGGGACAUUUUCAUCCUUUUUUCCAGCUUUAGCUCAAGGAGUAAAGGCUAUACCCCAUGAAAAGACCCAUAAGCACUGAGAAAGUGAGAGAGAGAGAAAGAGAGACCAAAGGGAAAAGGGAGAGAAAGAGUGGUUACAAAGGGGUAAAAACUAAUAGGUAAGGAAGAGAAACAGAUGUAGAGCAAGACCCAUAACAAAAUCCCAAGCAACUGUCCAUAUUCUUAACUUGCACUAGAUAAUAUUUUUUUAAAAAUUCAGUUGGCUAAGGUUUGAGAAUUUGUUGGUGGAAAAUCACUUUAAUUUGAACCCUACUAAUUUGGAAAUUCAUGAAAAUUUGGACAAAAGCCUUUUUAUUACCUAUGAAAAAAAAGAAUUUGCUAAGUUAAAUUAAAAAUAGUAUAAACAGGAUUAUUGGGGGGCAUAUUUAGUAGUGAAAGCAAAUUAUAGCCACUUAGGAGCAUUUAUUUACAAUGAAUUACUCUGAAUGUGCUAAUUGCAAAUGAUUUUUAUCUAUUCAUUAAAGAAGCACCAACAGACUUGGUGAACGUUUGUUAGCCUUUAGUUUGAGUCACUGUAUGUACUUUAAAAGUAAUAAAUGCAUUUCCUUUUUAAAAAAAAAA